AUGGUCUUUGCCCGCCGCUCUGCACUCCGCGCUGCUAAUGCAGCUCGGGCCUUUCGCGCCCCGGUCUCAAGGCGUACCGGUCAGGUAUUGGGUAAAAGGUUUAACUCUACCGGUGGAAAGGGCCACCAUGAGUAUGCGACUAGUGAUACUCCAUGGCUCCUGGCGUCAGCUGGUGUGACCCUCCCCAUGAUUUACUACCUUUGGCCUUCUGGUUCCGAUAAGCCUCAUGGCCAUGGGCAUGACGAUGUUCACGGCGAGCAUGAGGACCAGGCUGGGGAGAAGGGAGAAGAGGCAUCUUCUGACUCUGAUGCUGGGGAGGAGAAAGAUGUGAAGGAGGCCGAGGAGAAGCCUAGUGAGGAAGACAAGGAACAGAAGAAGGAUGAUGAAACGGAACAGAAGUCUACCGAGUCCAACGAUUCCAAGGAGUCCAAGGGAGAACCCGAGGGAUCUAAGACGGAAUCUAAGGAAUCCAAGGAUGACUCCAAGGAAGAAUCCAAGGAAGAAUCCAAGACAAAGGAAGAACCCAAGACAAAGGAAGAACCCAAGACAAAGGAAGAACCCAAGGAAGAACCCAAGGAAGAACCCAAGGAAGAACCCAAGGAAUCUAAGGACUCCAAGGAUGACUCCAAGGAAGCAAAGACAGAAUCCAAGGAAUCCAAGGAAACCAAGGAUGAGCCGAAGAACGACUCCAAGGAAGAACCUAAGGAAGCCAACAAGGAAGACACCGAUGAGAGCAAGGAUGAGUCUUCCUCCCACAUGGACUCGGAAAAGACGAAAUGA